AUGCAACGUCUGUUGGGGGGCCUCCCGUUGGGGGGCCCCCAAGGGCAGCAGGAGGUGCGGGGCCCCUUCAGCAGCAAAGACAUGCAUGGCUGGUGGCAACGAAACUAUUUUUCUGAUGAUCUCCUCAUGCGCUGGGACCCUCUGCUGCCCUGGCUGCCUUUUGGUAUUAUAUACCCGGCGGGGGGCCCCCAGCCCUUCACAGUGCUGCCGGAUUUGCAGGGGAUUCAGCAGCGGCUGGUGCAGCAGCAGCAGCAGCAGCAGCGUGAACGAAUGCUCCAACAGAGGCACCAGCAACAACAACAGCAACAACAGCAGCAGCAACAGCAGCAACAGCAGCAGCAACAACAGCAAAGACGCAGACACCAGCCUUCUAGUGUUUCUUCUGCAACACCCUCAGGGGCCCCCAGCUUCCGUCUAUGGGAUCAGCAACCGCAUCCACUCGGUUGGGGGGGGGCCCCGGGGGGCCCCCUUGGGGUUGGUGAGACAGAGGAGGGGGGGUUUGGGCUGGAGGAGCCAUCAGAGCAACGUUCCUCUUCUGCUGUAUCCCGUGCUGCUGACGACGUAGCAGCAGCAGCAGCAGCAGCACAAACUGCUGUUGCUGCUGCUGCUGCUGCUGUAGGUGCAGAUGACGCUGCUGCGUGGGAAGUCUGGAUGCGACGUGCGGGGCUGCCGCUACACCAUCAGCAGCAGCAGCAACAACAGCAGCAACAGCAACAGCAGCAGCUUCGCGUUGCUGCAGCUGCAGCAGAUCUGGGCCAUGUCUGGAUGCGACGUGCGGGGCUGCCGCUACACCAUCAGCAGCAGCAGCAACAACAGCAGCAACAGCAGCAGCAGCAGCUUCGCGUUGCUGCAGCUGCAGCAGAUCUGGGCCACUUCACUGGUAUCCACGCACAUGAACAGCCACAGCAGCAACAGCAACAACAGCAGCAACUCAUGUUCAUGCUGCAGCAACAGACAGCAGAUGCAAUGCACCGACCGCCUCUUGGGGGACCCGCCGACGAGCAGCAGCAACAGCAGCAUCAGCAACAACAGCAGCAGCAGCAUCAGCAACAGGAGCAGCCGCAUGAGCAGCAGCUUCAGCAGCAGCAGCAACCGCAAGGACUUGUGGUAGGCCGUGCGGCACAGAUGACAUCCACCCUUAAGAACCUCCUCGGCAUUGGUGGCCCUCAUGGGCAGCAGCGGGAGCAGCAGCAGCAACAGCAGCAGCAGCAGCAGCAGCAACCGCUCGAGGAGACGGAGGAGCAGCUGCAGCCGCAGCACUCCCUGAGCUGGACUGCUGAUAGACUCGCGGAGACGCAGAGGCAGCUGCAGCAGCUGCAGCAGCUACAGCAGCAGCAGCAACAAGCGCACAUGAAGCAACCGCCCCCCACGAAAGAUGAGGAUCAACAGCAGCAGCAGCAGCAGCAACAGCAGCAGCAGCAAACGCCUGCGGCUGCUGCACCCAAGACCUGGGCAGCCACGAUGGAGGAGUCCUGCCGGCAAGAGAAGCAGAAGAAGCAGCAACAAGAGAAGCAGCAGCAGCAAGACAAACAGCAGCAGGAGAAGCAGCAACAGCAUGAGAAGCAGCAGCAGCAGGAGAAGCAACAGCAGCAAGACAAGCAUCAGCCGCAGCCGGAGAAGCAGCAACCGCAACACGAUAAGCAGCAGCAGCAGAAGUCACAGGAAAAAGAAAAGCACCCGCAAGAUAAGCGCCAGCAGCAGCAGCAGCAACAACAGGAGAAGCAGCAACAGCGCCAGACGAAGCAGCAGGAGCAGCAGCAGCAGCGCCAGGCGAAGCAACAAGAGCAGCAGCAACAGAAACAGGAAAAGCAGCAGCACGCUCGUGAGAAGCAACCAAGAGCGCCUCAAGAGAAGACCCCUUCUAGCAGCAGCAAGACGAAACCUCCUGCUGCUGCUACUGCGGGUUCUGCAGCAGAAGCAGCAAAAGGAGGGUGGGAGGUUGCAGGUCACAAGGGUCAGCGCAAGAAGGAGCAGCAGAAACAGCAACAACAGCAGCAGCAGCAGCACGAGAAGCAGCAGCAAGAGAGUAGGCAGACAGAACCUGAGGCGAAGGCCUCCAAGCAGCAGCAGCAGCCACAGCAGCAGCAGCAGCAGCAGCAGCAGCAGCAGGGAAAGCGUGGAUCGGGAGAAGGCGCCUCGGGGGAGCAGCAGCGACGACCUGUCCUGGGGGGCCCUGCCCCCUGGGUAUCUGUUGCUGCUGCUGCAGCAAGCCGCCCAAAUGUAACUUUAAAAGAGGUAAUGGAGCUGCAGAGUGCUGAACAGUCACGAGAGGAAGAAGAGAGAAGGAGAGAAGAAGAGGCCGCAUUGAGGGCUGGUCAGCGCAAGAAGGAGCAGCAGAAACAGCAACAGCAGCAGCAGCAGCAGCACGAGAAGCAGCAGCAAGAGAGUAGGCAGACAGAGCCUGAGGCGAAGGCCUCCAAGCAGCAGCAGCAGCAGCAGCAGCCACAGCAGCAGCAGCAACAGCAGCAGGGAAAGCCAACAGCAGCAGCAGGAGGCCUCUGCUGCGCGCUUACGCUGGGCUACGCUGCAGCGAAAGGAUAG